UUGCGGUAGAAAGUUAUGCAAUAAAAGGGUGCUAUUCUGUCCUGCGUCCUUACGCUGUCUCUUACAUCUAACCAAAGUCGUUGACUUUUGCAUCCACUCGGAUCGUAGCAUUUUGAUGGCUCUCAGCCCGCCGUACACCUCUCACCAUGGCAAUCCUGAAGAAGCGCGGUGCUCAAAACAGAAGGAAGUUGAAAGGAGAAAAGCAGAGAAAGACUAUAAUGAAACGUAUGAAUACACGUAUGACAAUGUUAAACGCAAAAAUGGAAGAGAUUUCAGAGGAGCAGAAACGUAUUAAAGAAAGUCAAAGGCUAGUUACAGAAAAAUUCUCCCGAGGAAGUGUUUGUACUCAACUCCGCCUUGCUCUGAUGUUCCUGAUUGCAAGGGCACGAGACCAAAGCGAUUUUAUGGCUGCUGCUAGGCUAAACAAACUGCUACGUGAUUUAGCAGCCAAGGAAAGAGCUCAAUGCAGUUCAGUGGGGUCAAAUGAACCUGGUCAAUUUAGUUCAUGUUAGUGUAAUUUUUAUGGUCAAUUCGACAAUGAAUAUAUGACAUAUUAAAUGUUAUGUUAAAUGUUUCUGAUUAGUGUUUUAUCAAGAUGGGAUAUUGAUAAUGCCAUGAGAAUGACACAAGUUUGUGUUCUUACUUUUACACAAGUAAUCUCAUAAUUAACGUAUGAAUAUACUUAACCUAACAUGUGAGGCGUUGUUAAAGAAUAUACUUCACCUGACAUGUGUGUCUCUGUUAAAGAAUAGUUCAUUGAACAUAACUUGUUAUGAGAAUGAUAUAUGGAAUAUAACUUAAAUGUUCAUGAUAAAAUUCUUAUGUGAUAAGUGUAUCAAUGAUAUUAAGUUUUGAUAUCAUUAUCUAUCUUGCAUAAGAUUGUUGUGUUUUUUUGGGAAUAGUAACUCAAAUCUCUUUAGAUUGGCUAGAUUUUAUUUGAUGGAUAAGAAGGUUUGCAAAAGAAAAUUUUUAAGGGGAAAGGGAUUCUUGAUAAGGCAAAUUACUAUGGUUAUAAAUAGAUGGAAUCUUUAUAGAGUUAGAUAUGAGAAAUAGAUAUAAGAGAGUUGUAAGGAUUAUUAAGUAGACAUCCCAUAGGAAUUGAAGAGAUUAAGAGCGUCAUUAUGGAUGUAUUUGAGUGUUCUAAAGGAGAACGAGAGUGUUUACAUAAGUAUGAUGAUUGUUUUGUUUAAGUAGACUAGAAGGGAUUGAAAUGGUCCACAUAAGGAUGGUUGCACACGAGUAUAUGUUUGUUUAGGUUGAGAAUACUCUAUAAGACUAGAGGAGAAAGAGAUAUCCUAUGGGUAUUGUUUGGGAUUGAGUAUUGAUGAUUUGUAUGUUUGUAAUUUUCUACAACUAGUGGAUCUUUUGUCUCAUCCGUAGAUGUAGAUCAGUUGGGUUGAAUCACGUUAAAUUGUUGUAUCGUGUGAUUGAGUGAUUGUUUGAAUUUGCUUUCGAUGGUUUAGAUGUUUAAUUGAAUUAGGGGCUUUUAGCCUAACAACUAGUAUUAGAGCUAAAGGCUCGAAACAUGAGAAGAGACGAACUCAGAGGAGCUUGAUUUAAGCAAAGAUUCGAGUUCGUAUUUUGAAGAUAGGUUUACGCGAAGCGUGAAGACACAAAAAAAACUUGUUGUGAGAUUCCAUUAUAGGUGGAGUAAAGCAUAUCUAACAUCAAAAUUGAUGAUUAAAUGAAAUUUGAGUUAAGAUGGAGAUUAUUGACAUUAAAAUUUCAUAAGAGAUUUGUUUAAAAUUGGUUAGAUAUUGUUUGAUAGAUA